ACGGGGGGGGUCUGACUUUGUAAUGUUUUUGUUUUGCUAACUUUAGUGAAAAUACUCAGUGCUUGCUAUACUGUUAUGUAGUGUGUCAUAGACUAAGUUAGGAAAGUUAAAGUCACUUCAGGAGGGAUUUGUGGAGGAGUGUUCUGCACCUGCCUCACCGGCCUCAAACGUGAACUAACGUUACAGGCCAGCUGCUGGAGUUUCUUCUCCUGCUGUUGGCUAAUAUAACUCGGGAACAGUGGACCUGAAUCUUCCCAAAGGAUAUAUUCCCAAUUCUUCACUUGACAAAGGUGGUAUAACGGGAGGAAAAGGUGGACAAAGACUCGCGCCUCUCUACCUCACAGGCAGGACGCCAGCGACCUCUCCGGACCGAUACAAAGUAACGGCACGGCCGGGAAGAUGAACGGGGCGCUGGAGCAUUCGGACCAGCCAGACCCGGAUGCCAUCAAGAUGUUUGUGGGCCAGAUCCCGCGCUCCUGGUCAGAGAAGGAGCUGAAGGAGCUGUUUGAGCCGUAUGGAGCUGUCUACCAGAUCAACAUACUCCGAGACCGCAGCCAGAACCCUCCACAGAGCAAAGGCUGCUGUUUUGUCACGUUUUACACAAGGAAAGCUGCCCUUGAAGCCCAGAAUGCACUGCAUAACAUAAAGACCUUAACAGGGAUGCACCACCCCAUUCAGAUGAAACCUGCAGACAGUGAGAAAUCUAAUGCGGUGGAAGACAGGAAGUUGUUCAUCGGCAUGGUUUCGAAGAAGUGCAACGAGAACGACAUCCGGGUCAUGUUCUCUGCGUUCGGACAGAUUGAGGAGUGCCGGAUCCUCAGAGGGCCCGACGGACUCAGCAGAGGAUGUGCGUUUGUCACGUUUUCCACCAGAGCUAUGGCACAGAAUGCAAUCAAAGCCAUGCACCAGUCUCAGACUAUGGAGGGCUGCUCGUCUCCCAUAGUGGUGAAGUUCGCCGACACGCAGAAGGACAAGGAGCAGCGGCGUCUGCAGCAGCAGCUGGCGCAGCAGAUGCAGCAGCUCAACAGUGCGACCACCUGGGGGAGCCUGACGGGCCUGGGCGGCCUCACCCCGCAGUAUCUGGCUGUAAGGAGAGCCGCCGCGUCGCCCACCUCCACCAUCACCUCCUCCACCCCUUACUGCAGCCCCAUGGCCAACGCUGCUGCAUUGCUUCAGCAGGCAACCUCCUCCGGUAACCUAGGAGCCUUCAGCGGGAUCCAGCAGAUGGCCGGUAUGAGUGCUCUGCAGUUGCAGAACCUGGCCACUUUAGCAGCGGCGGCGGCGGCGGCCCAAAACUCAGCCAGUCCCUCCACCGCAAACCCCCUGUCCUCCAACGCCGCCUCCCUGGGAGCGUUGGCCAGCCCAGCUGCGGGCACAACAGCCAGCUCCAACGCCGGCGCCAUGAACUCUCUGACCUCUCUGGGCACCCUGCAGGGCCUGGCAGGCGCAACUGUGGGCCUGAACAACAUUAAUGCACUAGCAGGUAGCAUCAACAGUAUGGCGGCUCUAAAUGGAGGCCUGGGCGGCGCAGGGCUUACCAACGGGACGGCAGGCACCAUGGACGCGCUGACGCAGGCUUACUCAGGGAUCCAGCAGUAUGCCGCCGCAGCGCUGCCCACCCUCUACAGCCAGUCCCUGCUUCAGCAGCAAGGGGCUGCUGGCAGCCAGAAAGAGGGUCCCGAAGGUGCCAACCUGUUCAUCUACCACCUGCCCCAGGAGUUUGGAGACCAGGACAUACUCCAGAUGUUCAUGCCUUUCGGAAACGUGGUCUCUGCCAAAGUCUUCAUCGACAAACAGACGAACCUUAGCAAGUGCUUCGGCUUCGUCAGCUACGACAAUCCAGUGUCGGCACAGGCAGCCAUCCAGGCCAUGAACGGCUUCCAGAUUGGCAUGAAGCGGCUGAAGGUGCAGCUGAAGCGCUCCAAGAACGACAGCAAACCGUACUGAUCUUAGCACUAGGGUCUAUCUGCUCCCCAUGUUAGCACUGCUAGGGUAAGUCCCCCCACGAAAAAAUGAAAAUGAACAAAAAAAACAAAAAAAAAAGCAACAGCAAACCGAGCCACGACCUCUCUACACAGGGACUGGGGGGUGGGUGGGGGGGUUGAAGGGAGGGAUGUGGGAGGGAGGGGGAGACGACCUACAACCACCCUGAGGGAGACACACACGCCUUGUUUUGUUUUAUUUUUCGUUUUUUUUUCUUGCUUUUUUGAAGAUUUUUAUGUUAGCUUUCAAGUAUUAUUUAUUACAAUUUUCUUUUUUUCUUUUUUUUUACACACAUGAACGCUUCCAUUACCGCCAUUACUUUGUGCAAUUUCUUUUUUUUUAACAAUGGAAGGAAAUAGCUAUCUUGGGUAGCUUUUUUAAAGAGUUUGUUUAAAAGUUAUUUGAUUUUUUUCCUCUCUCAGUGAUUAUUUAUAUAUUUUUGAGGACUAGUUACAGUCAGAACCGAGGUAAAGACAAAGGAGCCAUGAUGAUUUUUACAUUUUUUUUCCUCUCUCUCUCUCAUUGUGAACCUGAGGCCUGGCGAUGGGUUCAUUUUUUUUGACGCGCAUGCAGAUAUGCACAUUCGACCUUUGACCUCCGCGGUGUUGGUUGCAGGCCGCCGCUGCUUCUCAAAAACCCCUCUAUGCCUGCUGGCAACCCGGGAGCAAAGGCUGCAAAACGUUAGUGGCCUCUUUACAUUAUAGUCAGUGGCGACGUCAGCCUGCCGUACAGUUACAGUCCACCACCACAAGAAGGAAAAAAAACACACGCACACACACUCCAGCUACGUCUUAUUAUUUAUGUGAAAAUAAAAAACAGUUUUUUAUUUCUCAGAAGAUGAAAAAAAAUAAUUAGUAACUACUUUUCUGGGUCAGAUCACAUUGGUCUUUGUUGUGAAAGGAAUAUUACAGCAUGUAGAACAUUUAAAAAAAAUAACAUCCAGAAUUUGAUGAAGGCUAUAAUAAUAAUUCUAAUAAUAAAGGAGUUUAUGGGUUAUGGUGGUAACUGAAAAUACUUGAUGUUUGUUGAAAGAUUUAAAAAAAAAAUAAUUCAAAGUACAGAAAGCCACAGGCCUGUAAAUUUUAUUUGUAAAAAAAGCAGUUCUAUUUUUAUACAACAUUUUUACUGCCUCAGAUGAAAAAAAAAGGAUUUUAUUUAUUGCCUAUCGUUAAGUUAUUGGACUCCUAUAAAGUAUACAGCAUCAUUAAAGUAGACCCUUGUGGAGAAGUCUCGUGGAAUUGGGUUCUCCGAUGUUUUUCAUGUUUUUUCAGUGCAGAAACCACAAUCACAACACACUUCGCCGCCAUUCGAACUGCACCCCCCCCCUCCUCCGCCCUCCCUGUGUCAUUUAUUCAUUCACACACAUUUUUCUGGGCUGUUCAUGCAUUCAUCCAUCAAUCCACCACUCUCUCCCUCUCUCCAUCCGUAGUGGGACUACUUCUUCACUUGUCGUAUUUCUACCUUUUUCCUCGCGUCUUUACUUAUUUAAUUUUUUUUGUUUUGAGUGUUUCCGUUUUUUGUUUGUUUGUAGCCCCCCACCCUCCCAAAGAUUAAAACAAAGAAAGAUGAUAAGGCCCCCCCCCCACCUCUGUCCCCCUCCAAAAAAUAUGACUAUUUUCUCCCAAAUGACAACAUCCAUCUGGGAUCUGAUGGAUAACGCUUUGGGUGCUCUCUGUUUUUUGUGUACGUGUGUGUGUGUGUGUGUGUGUGUGUGUGUGUGUGUGUGUGUGUGUGUGUGCGUGUGUGUUGUUGCCUGUUAAUAUAGACCUAUAACAUUAUAUCAUUUUAAAAAAACAACAAAAUCAAAGCAAAAAAAUUGCCAAUGAAAUCAGUGAGUGGUGUUGCUGUUCUGCCGGUUUGCAUUGUUGUUGUUGUUGUUGUUGUUGUUGUUUGUUUGUUGUUGUUUGUUGUUGUUGUUUCUCCUGAUUUUACAAAAAUGCUGUAGUGGUGUGGUGCUCUGGCUCUCUGUGUGUAACUCUCUCCUCUCCCCUGUUUUUUCUUUCCCCCUUUUAGAACAACCCAUCUCCAUGCCUGUUAGCUCAUCGUUUGCCUAGCAUGUCUCCGUGGCGUCCCAAAAAAAAAAACUUUAAACAAAACAAAAACAAAAAAAAUCCCCCACCAAAAAAAGUGUCAUCGUCCUCCUCUUCCCCCGUCAUUGUUUUUUCUGAUGUCUUUUCCGAGCUCACCUGAUCAUAACCUGGUUCUCCUCCUCCUCCGCCUCCUCCUAAUGACCUUUUGAACUUUGAACUUUUAGCUUUUUUGGACUUUGAUUUUUAUGAUUUUUCCCCUCCUUUGUUUUUGUGUUUUUUUGCAUGUGACCUCAUUUGGAUCUGUUUUCUGGAAGGGUUUCGGAAGGGGAAAGAGGCGAUACGGGAGGGGUGGGUGAGAAAAUGAAUCAAUGUGAAAAAGAGAUAAAGCUGCAUUCAUAUGAAAAACAAAAAUAGACUGAGAUUUUUAUGGAAAACAAAUGUUCAUUUUUGGAGAAAAAAAAACAACAACCUGUGGCAAAGUGAUUUCCAUUCAGUAUGUUUUCUUGCAUUUUUUUUGUUUCUUCUUCUUCUUUCCUUUUCUUUUCUUCUUCAUUUAAAGUAAACUUGAAAGUUCACCACAGGAAUUGGCGCGUCAUCUUGCUUCUGGCGCCGGUAAAAAACAGAGCGCGGGCCAGAAGCAGUCCGCGCCAGUUUCUCUGAGAAAUAAGACUACUUCCAAACAGUUUUGAGUAAAAACUGUCUGAUCAAUAUUAGACUCUCUCAGAGCUCUCCAAUGGUUUUUACAUUUUUCAGGCAGUGUAAAGUUUUUUGAUAAGGCCAUUUUAAGUGGCUCUGUUUCUCAUUCAAAGUCUAUAUAUAGAACCACUUUUUUCUAGAGUAGUUUAAAGGUAAAAAUAAAAAAGACAUUUGCCCUGUUCGGGUGGGAGAAAUGCUACCUACUUGUGUCACCUUUUGCUGAACUGACUCACAGAUAGACAAUCCGUGGUUUAAAUGCACAUGAUGAAAUGACCUAUAUUUUCUACUGUUUAAAUGUAUAGAGGAAAAAAAAUACUAAGAUACCUGUAACCUGCGUUAACGUCGGUGCGUGAGUUUAGUUGUGGUUUCAUCACAAGUCUAACGGUCUUAAAUGUCUCAUGUUUUUCAAGAGAAGACUAAAAAAUCAGUUUACUUGAACAAUAGACAAAGCCUUUCAUAUUACUAUAAUAGUUACUUUGUUGGGUUUUUUUCUUUGUUUUCUUUUUUUAAGGAGUCCCUAUUUGCUAAAUUUCUUGUUGGUUAAUUAGCUAUAUAAAAUUCCUAAAAAUAUAUAAAUAUAAAUAUAUCUAUAUAUAUAAUGUCAGCUUGUGAAGCAUCAAUGUCAUUAUUAUUUUAUUUCUCUCGUGGGAAACAAUAUUUAGAUGUGUUUUGUUGUUCAGCAAAAUGUCUUAUAAUGAAAAAAGACAAGAUCAGUGGAGUUUAGUGCCAAAUUCUGAAGGUACUUCCUGCCUAGCGCGUCAGUGUAUUUCUUGUGAAAUUAUUUGAUAACAUGGGUAUUUUAUUAUAAGUGUUUUGUAUGGAUCCCUCAUAUUUAAAAUAUAGAUUUAAAAAAGAGUUUGUUAACUUGCUAUUCUGUGGUCUUGUUGCCUGAAAAUGUCAUGUUUGCUUUUUUUCUUUGUAAAGAUGUAAAAAACAAAAAAAAACAACAACAAAAAAAAACAAGUGCCCAUGUGUCAUAUAUAUAUAUAUAUCUAUAUACACGCACACACGGACACACACACACACACACACACAUUCUCGUGCAGACCUCACAGUUUACUUUCUUGUUGUGCAUGAGAGCCCCUGAGUGUGAAAGCCUCUACAGCAACAGCUACCGCCCGCCAGCGUGCACACACACACUUUAAAAACACACGCUCGCACAAGAAUCACACACUGAUAUUUUUAGCCAUUGUACAGCCGUUUUAUUCAUCAAAGCCUUACCACAAAUCUUUGCACUGCUGUUCUCUCUCUAUUAGUAUCUCGCACACAAACACAGACAUCAGGCUUCAGUAAGUAUUGUUUUGAUUGUUUUCUCGCACACUGUUCCGCUCCUCAGCCGAAAAUUGAGGUGAGAGUCAUACGCGAAGCCUUAUUUCUCCAAAUCCUCUUAUCCCUUUUGUUGGGUUCAAAACAUUUCUGAGUUGUAGCCGGCGCAGUUUGUCUCAGACGGCGAGGAUCAUUACUUUUGUGUAUCACCUCAUGCGAGCUUGCUUGCUUUCAUGAUGUAAGCGCAGGGCAAGACCCGCUCAUUCAAAAACGAGCCCCGAUCUUUUGAGGGAAAAGCACAUGCCGCCGUCGGAGUGUCAAAAGAGAGAGGCGGGACGGUCCGGAGCAAGUUUUUACUUGUUUGAUUUUGCCGCUGAACUUAUCCUUUGACGUUCUUUUAAGUGGUUGUAAGACUUCUCCAUAUGUGAGUCCUGUGGUGUAAUGGGCCAAAAUCAUGUUUAGAUGCCAAAGUGUGUUAUUGACAUUCUCAUAGUCAAGCCGUUUACAUGGCACAGUGUUGUCAGUCUAUUCAACUGCCCCCGAUACCCCUCCCUGAAAGCCUAGUUUACGCUCUGCAAAAAAAAAAAGGCAGCAUUAUUUUCUACAGAAGCUCACCAGUCGCCUUAACCAGGGAGCGUUGUGCUAGUAUUAUAAGAAUAGAAGAUGUUGUCAGUCAGUCAGUAACGUGUGCCAAGUCUAAGGUCACUUUUCUGUACAGUUAACGUCCCACUCGUCAAGGUCUGGGUUUAGCUCUUCCGCCAUUUCGUCCGAUCGGCCAGAGCAGAGAGGCUGAAAUGGCCGUCUGUCCCUCGCAGCAGAGAGAAAACGAGACGCCCGUUUGAAGGAUGCCGCUCUCCGUCUGGUUGUUGUCUCCCAAGCUAACCGGGGUUAUUAGAAACAGCGCUAUGUGGAGAGACGUCUUAUUGGAAUAGCGACAGGGGAAAUAAAGCGCUUGUUGGUUAGAGAGGAAGGGUCACGUCCGCGGGUCCGCACAGGCAAAACAACAGCCACAGCCGAGAUGAAGGCAAUACAGCUUUCAUUAUCCUCUCGAAGACCAAACCCAAUACCAAACUAUCUGAUCUCAUGGAGGGAGGAAAGCAGACUUCUUCCUAAAUGCAGUACAUGAGCAGUGCCACAAACAGCCAUAACUACCUGUAUGAAAGCUGGACAGGAGGAGUCCCAGUCCAAUCAGUGUUAAUGGACCAGUCUUCUGACCAGCGCGUGUGCAGGUUUCACGUCUGCGGUGUCAAAAUCUUUGCAUCCGAGAACUACGAUUGCACUUGUGUCACCGUUACUUCACUCUCGCACAAUUCACAUAACUUUUAUUCGUUAAGUGUGGAGGCUGCGUAAUCCGUGCUGUUCAAGUCCACUCGCAGCACGCCACUUUACACGGCUGUCUGUGCAAUUUGAGACAUUUUAACUGUCCAAAAAACUAUGUUGUGAAUUGCCAAAUCUCACGGAGUUGCACGCAGCCUGACGUUGCACAGUCUAGUGUGAAGCAUCCUGUCUUUGUUUCAAUGUCGAAGCACAAGAGGGCCGUAGAGUCAGAGUUUCUGUCGAGCGGCUCACCUCAGGGGCUGUCAUCGCCGAUGCUCGUUGUAAUCUUUCUAUCUUGUCACUGUUCACUUCUCUGUUUUCCUUCUUUCUUAAUUAUCUUAAGUGCUAUUUAUCAAACAAUGAAAUCUGAAAGGAAAAAAAAAAUUUUUGAACUUGUCGUUUCUUUGCAUUAUGGCUUAUGUCAAGUUUUUGGAGGAAAAAUGUUUUGUGUGUUCUCUCUUUCCGUGCCGUAAAAAAAAAGAGCUUGUUGUCUGUAGAAAUUAUCCAAUUUUUUUUUCCCCCCGUUUAUUUUUAAUUCUCAAAAAGGUUUUCAGUAGUUUCUGUCUUGAGAGAAGCCAAAGUCAAUGCAUUUCAGUGGAUCCUGUAAGCGUGAUGUAUGUUUGUUUGACAACACUUCGAAAUCUGUCACUGGAUGGGAUUUAAAAAGUACAAAAAAUGCAGGCUUUCCUAUUUCUACAACUGAUUGUACUUAUGCAUUUUGUACCAGUGGAAUUUUUUAUACUGGAGAUUAAAGGAUACAACAAAAAAAUCUUAGAAAAAAAGCUGUCUGGCCUGGUGGUGUGGCCUGACCCUGACUGGUCCCCGAGUAUGAUUUCUAGCUGGCAUCAAGAAAGUUGGCUUUUGAUAUAAGAUUUUCUAGAAGAUCUUUGGCUUUAUUUCUUUCACUUCUUUUUCCUCACUUGAGUGUUGUUCUUUCUUUCUACCUUUCCUUCUUACUUUCGUUCUUUCUUUGUUUUUACAAAAACAGAGGGUAGGUGAGUGUCAGAUCUUUCAUUUUUGCUUUUUAAAUAGUUCUAGCAAGUUUGUCUAUACAACAGCGGUAAGUUUCAUUUGACUUCUGUAUUGUGCCGUCUACACGAUAAGACAAUUAUAGAAAAAGAAGGAAUAGAAAUAUUUAGUCACCUUCAGUGGAUUAAUGUAUUAGUUUAAUAAAGAGAUCAACUAAUUAGAAAUUUUUGCUUUUAGCUGUUUAGAUUUUUCCGGUUUCUCUGUCCUUCUCUGUGAACUAACUGUGUAGCUGAAGCAGUCAGGAUUAUUUUUGUAAACGUAUGUUCUUGUGUGAUGCAGUUUUUUGCUUCUGUCUCCUAUAUUAAACCAUUUUUCCUAAUA